AUGGCUCAAUUUCAGAUCACGGACGUCCUUCUGGCGCUGAUGUUGGUCAGCACAUCCCAGUGUUGGCCAAAGGGAGAAUGCCCCAGAGGAACUGCCAAUUCAAGAACUAUAAUACUGCCAGACCAUGCCAAUUGUACAGUGUUUUAUAAAUGCAACUACUGGGAACCUGUACUGUAUCACUGCCCUCACGGCCUGCUCUUCAACUCUCGCACUCUGACGUGCGAUUGGCCAUGGAAUGUUGCCUGUCCUCACAGCAAGGGUCGAGCUGAAUCGGCGGUAACAAUUCCAAAGUGGCCAACUCCACUGACUGGAUAUUUAGCAAAACAAUGGCCAUCUAGCGCAGUCACACCGACCAAAAACUUUACAUUUAAAGAGUGCAUCGACCACCUCACACUGCACGCCACUAGCGCUAAUGGGCGCACACCAGACCCAAUGCACAUCGUAUCUGGACAUCAUAUAAGUAACCCACCCCUGUGGCCUGUUGCACAUGUCAGUAGGUGGCCAACAAUAAUACCGGAAUCGCAAUCUGUCUGGUGGAAAACAAGUGUAACUCCCACAGAACACAGUAAACCUGUAAGUACUACAGGUUCCAGUAGUACAACAUCAGUGAAUUGGUCAACAAGACACACCACCCAUCAGCCAACAACUACCUCAGGAUUAUCAUCUGCAUGGUGGAGAACAACCGCCUCAUCUACAGAUCAUGUGGGAUCUAGCGGUACUACACAACGAACAACAACAACAGAAUCGCCGCCAACAUGGUGCAAGACAACAUAUGGUGAAACAAGUUCAACAACAACCGACAAAAGCACUUCAUAUGAACCAUGGUCCACAUCAAAAUCAGUAUCAGUAUCAACACAGCAAACACCGGGGGCUACCACUGUACAUGAAAAAUCUACGGAAACUGCAGCUGACGCAAGUACAACACAUAAGACAAUGACAACAACAGACAGUACCCACUGGCCAGAAACAAAAUCGACAUCAGUGUCACUACCAUCAACCGACAAAAGCACUACAUAUGAACCAUGGUCCACAUCAAAAUCAGUAUCAGCAUCGACACAGGAAACACCAGAGGCUACCACUAUACAUGAAAAAUCGACGGAAACUACAGCUGACGAAAGUACAACACAUAAGACAAUGACAACAACAGACAGUACCCAUUGGCCAGAAACAAAAUCAACAUCAGUGACACUACCAUCAAGAGAAGCUUCCACAGGACAUGAUGGAUCUACAGAUACUACUUCUGAGGAUAACAGAUCUAGCUCUUGGCCAGCAACUGACGUUACCCAUUGGGCUGAAAUAACAUCAAAAUCAACAACAGUAUGGCAAGAAACUGCAGAGUCUACCACAGGAGAUGAAGGAUCUAAGGAAACUGUUACUGAUAAAAGCACAUCACACAGGCCUUGGUCAACAACAGGCAGUAAACAUACGUCAACAGUAACGACAGAACCAACAUCGGUGUGGCAGCACUCAACAGAGGCUUCCACAGAACUUGACGGAUCAACAGAGCCUACAUCUGACAGAAGCAGGCCAAUGUCAACAACAGAUGGUACCAAUCCACCAACAGUAACGCCAGAAUCAACAGUGUGGCAGCACUCUACAGAAGCCCCCAUAGAACAUGAUGGAUCUACAGAAACUACAGCUGAUGAAAGUACAACAUACAGGGCAUCGUCAACAACAUAUGGUACCCACUUGUCAACAGUAAUGACAGGAUCAACAUCAGUGUCACAGCACACAACAGUGGCUCCUACAGGACAAGACAGAUCUACAGAAACUAUACCAGACGAAAGCACUAAGCCAUGGCCAACAACAUUCAGUACCCAUUGGCCAGAAGUAACAUCAGCAUCAACAUCUGUGUGGCAGCAAACAACAGAAUCUUCCACAAUACAAGAUGACUCUGCAGAAACUGUUCCUGAUGAAAGCAAUAAGCCAUGGACAUCAACACACAGUACCCACUGGUCAGAAGUGACAUCAGUGGCAACAUCAGUGUGGCAGCAAACAACAGAGGCUUCCACUGAAGAAGAUGGUUGUGCUGAAACUGUACCUGACAAAAGCACUAAGCCAUGGCCAACAACCCAUAGUACUCAUUGGCCAGAAGUAACAUCAUUGUCAACAUCGGUGUGGCAGCAAACACCAGAGGCUUCCACAGGACAAGAUGGAUCUGACAAAAGCACUAAGCCAUGGGCAACAACCCAUAGUACCCAUUGGCCAGAAGUAACAUCAUCGUCAACAUCGGUGUGGCAGCAGACACCAGAGGCUUCCACAGGACAAGACGGAUCUGACGAAAGCACUAAGCCAUGGCCAACAACCCAUAGUACCCAUUGGCCAGAAGUAACAUCAUCGUCAACAUCGGUGUGGCAGCAGACACCAGAGGCUUCCACAGGACAAGACGGAUCUGACGAAAGCACUAAGCCAUGGCCAACAACCCAUAGUGCCCAUUGGCCAGAAGUAACAUCAUCGUCAACUUCGGUGUGGCAGCAGACACCAGAGGCUUCCACAGGACAAGACGGAUCUGGCGAAAGGACUAAGCCAUGGCCAACAACCCAUAGUACCCAUUGGCCAGAAGUAACAUCAUCGUCAACAUCGGUGUGGCAGCAAACAACAGAGGCUUCCACAGGACAAGACGGAUCUGACGAAAGCACUAAGCCAUGGCCAACAACCCAUAGUGCCCAUUGGCCAGAAGUAACAUCAUCGUCAACAUCGGUGUGGCAGCAGACACCAGAGGCUUCCACAGGACAAGACGGAUCUGGCGAAAGGACUAAGCCAUGGCCAACAACCCAUAGUACCCAUUGGCCAGAAGUAACAUCAUCGUCAACAUCGGUGUGGCAGCAAACAACAGAGGCUUCCACAGGACAAGACGGAUCUGACGAAAGCACUAAGCCAUGGACAACAAUCUAUAGUACCCAUUGGCCAGAAGUAGCAUCAUCAUCAACUUCGGUGUGGCAGCAAACAACAGAGCCUUCUACUGUACACAAAGAACCUACACAAACAGCGACUGAGGAAAGUAAGACACAUAGGCCAUGGUCAACCUCAAAAGGUACCCAUUCGCCUACAGACGUAUCAGACUCAACACCAGUGUGGAAGCAUACAACGAAGACCACCACAGAACAUGACGAAUUGACAGAUCCUACAGCUGAUGAUAGCACAACUCCUAGGCCUUGGCCGACAGCAGAAAAUACCCAUUUGACAGAAGUAACCUCAAAAUCAACAUCAGUGUGGCAGCAAACAGCUGAGCCUACCAUAGGAAAUGAAGAAUCAGCGCGAACUACAGAAAACAAAAGUACAACAGCCAAAUCGUUGCCAUCAGAUGGAACUCAUUGGCCCAAGGUAACGAUCAAAUCAAUUUCAGCAUGUCAGAAAACUGCAGACCCUUCCACAGGAUACGAAGGAGCUUGGCAGAAAACAACAGAACCUUCCGCAGAGAAUGAGGGGUCUGCUCAAACUACAGCUGAUGAAGGUAGCACAUCUGAUUUGUGGUCAAAAUCAGACGAUACACACUCGUCAGCAGAAACAGCAAAAUCAACAUCAAAGACAACAGAGCCUUCCACAGAGCAUGAAUCUGUGAAAUGUGUAGCAAAUGAAAGUAGCACAUACAGACCACGACCAACAACAGGUGUAACAGAUCAGCCAGUAGUGACAGGCAAAUAUACUUCAUCUGGGCUGAAAGCAUCAGAUCCUUCUUCAGAGCAAGAGAGAUCUGGUGAAGCCACAGCUGAUGGAAGUACAACAAAUACCCCAUGGCGUACAACUCAAGUUAUGCAUUCACCUAAGCCUGUUACGGAGUAUGAGCGAUCUAUUGAAACUACAGUGUUCGACAGCUUAACAUCAAGAAUGCGACCUUCAACACAUAUGGAGUGCCCUGCAGGUCUUGAGUUCAAUCCUGUUUUGGAAGUAUGCGACUAUCCACACCGCGCUGGAUGCCUGAGCAAACAGACUGGUUCAGCUUGCCCCACUGGGCUGGAGUUCAAUCCUCAUCUGCAAGUCUGUGAUUGGCCCACGAAAUCAGGAUGUUCUGCUAAGCAGCAUCCGACAACUCAAAUUCCUUGGGUCUUUUCAACUGAGCCCCAUUCAGCAGGUGGAUGUGAUUCAUGCCCACCAGGCUUAGAAUUCAAUGCAGCCCUAUCUGUAUGCGACUGGCCGGAAAAAGCUGGGUGUUCGCGCGAGUGCCCAGCAGACAGUACCGACCCAACUACAGUCGCCCCUCCAGUUCGCUGCGAUGCCAAGGGAGAAUGUCCUCACUAUAUAACUAAACCAGAAGACGCACACUUGCCACAUUUGACAAACUGUAGCCUUUUCUGCCGCUGUGUCAACGGCGUCCCAAUCACACAGAAGUGUCCUCAAGGGUUGGAGUUCAACCCUCACUUGAAAGUGUGCGACUUGAAGCACAGAGCGGGCUGCAGCGCAGGCACUCACUGGCCCCUCGGUAGUGUGCCAUGCGACGCGAGGGGGUCGUGUUCCAGUGGGCUGGAUCGCCUGCCACAUCGAACCAAUCCCCAUUUGUACUGCCGCUGCGACGGAGGGGUCGCCGUAACGGAGAGCUGUCCUCCCGGGGAAGAGUUCAAUGAAGUUCUAAGUCUGUGUGAACCGCUUUCUCACCAUUCGACUGAGAGUGGGCACCGUGUGCAAGACUGGCUCCGGGCCAACGUUGAGUAUCCCACUGUGAGAGGGCACGAAGCCUCUCACUGGAUGCCGCCCACUGCUGGUCAUUCCACUGCGAAUGAACACCACGUCCCAGACUGGGCACACCCCACUUCUCAUCAUUCCACUGUCAAUGAACACCACGUCCCAGACUGGGCACACCUGAGUUCUAGUCACUCCGCUGUCAGCGAACACCGUGUCCGAGCCUGGGCACACCCCACCACUGAACGACCCGUUGUGAGCGAACACCACUUCCGAGACUGGGCGCACCCCACUGCCGGUCAUUCCACUGAGAGAGGGCACCGCACCUCAGACCCGACACAGGUCAGCACCAGGCAGCCUUGUGACGCGGUCGGCGAGUGCCCCCGCGGCGUGGCGAAGCUGCUGCCGCACCGGACGGACUGCAGCCUCUUCUGCCAGUGCGACCACGGCGUGCCGGUGACGGCGCGCUGCCCUGCCGGCCUCGAGUUCAACGCCGCUUUGCAGGUCUGUGACUACCCGCACCGCGCCGGCUGCUCGUGCGGCAGGUCUGGCGCUCACCACCGGACGCACCACUGA